AUGAAUCUUGUUGUUUUCACUUUACUUUUGAGUCUAACUGUGCUACCAGUUCAAGGUAAAGCUAACGAUUAUUUAGCGAAGUUUUUCAAAACGAGAAAUCCGGAUGAUUUGCACGAGGAAGCCAAACGAUUCCUUUCACUCUGGUUCAAUCAACAACGAGCGGCAACUGAUGGACAUUGGUGUUGUGCAAUAAAUCCACCAUCGAUCCCUGUCUUUUCAAGCACCGGCGAUCUUCUCCACUACCAACCACAACCAUGUCCUGACACACAUAUGGUUUGCUACAUUCUUCCUGCUUGGCAAACACUCUUCGCUACAUUCGGUUCUUCCAUGACCGCCGAACAGAUUCUUAACGCUGUUCAUCAAAUCGGUUAG